UUUUUUUGAAAUUCCAAAGGCCAAAAAUGCAGAGAAUGACUCUAAAAGUGUCUCCUGAACGGUUAAUCAAGCUAAAAAUUAAGCAAUGUGACAGUAGUGCAAAUCCUUACAGUAUCAGGCUUGUAAAGGAUUCCUUAAUGGUCAAACCUGUUGCAAUAGAGAGGAAGACUAAAAAGAGAAAUCUCCCGAUUAAGUCGAUCCUGGCUAGAAAAAAGCAUCUUUCUCCACAAGUCUCAACUGAGAGGACUGCAAUUUUUUAUGACAGACUGAUCUUGAAGGAGUCAAAUUCAGUCUCAGUGAAUAUACCAGCCCAAAAGAGGACUAUUUUCGGUCACAAAUCCUCAAGGUUAAUCCAGUUGACUGAGGAAAUUAUGAAUCUUAGUCUUGAUAGGGAACCAUUGAAUCCCAAAAUUCCACUAGAAGGGGAAAUACACCCCUCAGGCUACGACCCCAAAUCGGAUAGCUUGGACAAAGAGAUUUCUCCAAGUAAAAUAUCGCCUCAGAAGCAGUUGAGGGGUAAGAAGACGAUCCUGUUCAAAACAACAAUAAAGGACAGGAAAAUCAGCAAACAAUACACAAAUCUUAAGGACACUUCCUUGCCACAUAUCAAGGGAGGUAGCUCCAGGAACAACGUGGUUGAGGAGGAAAGGAUUGCUGAUGAUAACAGUAGUUGAAACAACUCCCAGACUUCUCUUAUAAAGAAACCUAUUUACAACGACAGUUCCAACAAAGAUCAGAAUGGUGAUUCACCAAGGAAGAACCAGUUCAAGCUGAGGUUAAAUAAAGUUCCAGAUGCAAAGAACAUGAAGAAGAACAAUAUUUUUAGAAGAAAUCUCCGAAAUAUAGACAUCUCUAAGAACAGGUCGAAGACUGAAGAGGUAGACAUACUCAUCCCUAAGGAUCCUCUGCACACAAUGAAUAACUCGGAAAUUUUAGAAUUUCAAGCUGCUAAAAUGCAGGGGUUGAGUAAAGAACGACCGAAAAGGCAAAAAAACAUGCAAAUACUUAAGGUUCCCUCAUUUAGAGGCUUUUCUGAUCAGCAUGAGCAUAUUUGGAAUUUGAAACAGAGAAAAAGGCGUUUAUUAAGGAAGAUAAAUCAUGCUAACCAAACUAAGAAUGCUAAGCCUGAUCAGAAAUUCCAACUAUCAAUGACCAAGCCGCUAGACUCUCCAACUUCACUAGUAAAGUCCUUCCAGAGGACUCCUACAUGCUUGAAGACCAAGACAAAUCUGCCUGAGAUUUCUCCAAUAAAGCCAGUGUGGAGUAACACUCCUCAAAAUCCAGGCUUGAAGAUGAAUUUCUCAAGCUUUGAAGCCAAAAAUGAGGGAAGGAAGUACCUAGUGUCUAAAUACCAGCAUGAUGUUACUAUCGAUAAGUUCAAGCAAAAGGAAAAGUACUUUGAACAUCAAAGAAGUCUUAUUCUUAAGAGGUAGUCAUUCAA